AUGCCUCUUUCGGAUGCAAACAAUUGGGAAAAACACUUUCCAAAUCUGCCGGCAUAUCAAAAAUAUAAGGAGUUGAAUGAAGUGGACAUUACAGGUUAUAAUAAUGAUAAAUGUGAUAAAUUAGCAAAAAGCGAUGACGGGGAUAAAAAACUUUGUAAACAGAUAUUAAAAAACUUAUCAGUAUUAAAAACUAAAAAGGGUGAAGAACAAGAACGUGGCUGUUAUUACUUUCAGAACUGGCUCCACGAUCAGAUAAAGGGAAAAUAUUAUAAUGGAAAAGAAAAAACCAAUAAAUAUCCUAUUAUUGCUAAUAAAAUUUUUGAUCUGGUAGCAGAAGAUAUUUCAUCAGGUAAUAUCCAUCAAGCUUGUAGUGGAAAUAGUUUUGGUACUCUAGAAAUCUGGAAAAAAGAUAAAGAUUUACAUGAUUAUUUUGAGAAUUUUGAAAAAAUUAAAUGUAACGAUACUGAUAGAGAUGAGUGCCAAAAAUAUGUGAAUUAUGUUAAGUAUAUUGAUCCUAUGUAUGACGCAAAAAUUGAUGAUUGCUGUGAUGAAGAUGAUUUAUAUCCAUUCUGUGUCCUCCCUGUUAAAUGUGAUGAAAAGUACGAUACUAAGAAAUUAUUAGAUGAAUUAAAAAGAAAACUUCAAGCAUUAGAUAAAAAAAAAGCGGACGCAGAUGCAGCGGCACAGGAAGAGGCAAAAGCAAAACAGGCAGAAGCGGAAAAAGCAAAACAGCUAGAGGAAGACCGUAAACAGGCAGAAAAGGAAAAAGCAAAACAACUAGAGGAAGAACGUAGAAAGGCACAAGCGGAAAGAGACGCACAGGAAGCGGAAAACCGUAAAAAAGCUGCAGCAGCUGCAGCAGAAGCACGAAAAAAAGAAUUAGCUGCAGCAGCAAACCGAGAAAAACAACUAGCUGCAACCAGAGGAGGUCAACAGACAGUACGUGGCGAUACGGGCGCUUUGCAACCUGAACCAUCUUUGGGUGUUCCACCAAGAGAUAGCCAUGAGGACUCUGUUAAUGCUGCAACAACGUACAAUUCAGGCAUUAGUGGCGAUGCAGGACAUGCAUCCCUGGCAGGUGUUCCUAGUUCUUUGGAAAGUGUAUCUGACAUGGUGGACUCAAACUUUAUUCGUAACAUCAUCAUGGCUGUAGCAGUCCUUGGGACAAUUUUCUUCCUCUUCUACUACAACAGGUCUUCAAGAUUAGAAUCAAGUUUACGCAAAAAAAAACGGAAAAAGGGAAAAAUAUUUGAGCAUAAUUACUACGAAGAGUAUGAAAAGGAGUUAGAAAUGUAUGGUUCUGAGGAAACGUUUUUAGAUUCUGAGGCGGAUCGAUUUUAUUUGAAUUAUCAUCCUGAUCAAGACUCUUACUAUACUAAUUAG